AUGGCUGCUCCACCCGCCAGAGCUCGAGCCGAUUACGAUUAUCUAAUCAAGCUUCUCUUGAUAGGAGACAGCGGUGUGGGUAAGAGUUGCCUUCUUUUACGUUUCUCCGAUGGCUCUUUCACUACCAGUUUCAUUACCACCAUUGGCAUUGACUUCAAGAUAAGGACCAUAGAGCUUGAUGGCAAACGAAUCAAACUGCAAAUCUGGGAUACUGCUGGGCAAGAGAGAUUCCGAACCAUCACAACUGCGUAUUACCGUGGAGCUAUGGGAAUAUUGCUGGUGUACGAUGUGACUGAUGAGUCAUCUUUUAACAACAUCAGGAAUUGGAUUCGUAACAUUGAACAACAUGCCUCUGACAAUGUUAACAAGAUACUAGUGGGUAACAAGGCUGACAUGGAUGAAAGCAAAAGGGCUGUUCCCACCUCCAGGGGUCAAGCACUCGCUGAUGAGUAUGGAAUUAAAUUCUUUGAGACAAGUGCAAAGACUAACAUGAACGUGGAGGAGGUGUUUUUCUCAAUAGCCAGGGAUAUAAAGCAAAGACUUGCGGAAUCCGACUCAAAGGCCGAGCCUCAAACCAUUAAGAUUACCCAAGCCGACCAGACAGCAGGGGCAUCCCAAAAAUCUGCCUGUUGUGGUUCUUGA